AUGGCCGCAUCGGGGGCUAAUAUAGAAUGGUCUACUACUGUUAAACCAAUUUUAACGGCACUUUAUGGUCCAUUUUUCGACAAAAAUGAUGCAGUGGAAAUUAUUCAAUCUAUACUAAUAAGUGAAAGUGAGUUCCAGAACCAUGAAGAUAUAUAUGAUUUAUUUUAUACAUGUUUCGCAUGUCUUUCUGCUCAUUUCAUCAGCAUUAAUGCACACAAUUUAACUGUCAACCAACUAAGCACAGCAUGUGAUGCAUUCCGGAUUAUAUUACGACAAAUUCUUAAAAAGCUCUCCGAAGCUGGAUUGAGCUAUGAUGAGAACACCACUACUACUGCUGCUCCAAAUGUUUCUGUCAAGCAGUUACUUUUACCGAUAGUAGGACUGUGUGGCAUUGAUGGAGGCGGUUACCCUCAAUCUGAUUUAGUAAUAUUGACAUCUUUGCUGAAGAAUGCCAAGUUGCCAGCACAUGUUAAUGUAUCAGAAACUCAAACAGCAAAAUCUUCAGUAAUUCAAAGUUCUAUCACAUCCCUUGCAUCACAAACUUCGAACAAUGAGAAACAAGCGCCCUCUAGCACUCAACGCCGUUCAGAUGCACUACUAGAACAAUUAACUAUGCCCUUGAGGAAUCCGGCCACUUCGAUGCCGACAUCACAGGUUCAACCUGCUGCAGCGGUCAUGUCUCCUGGUAGUAAAGACAGUUUAGAAAGUUCUAAAGAACCCAAUGCUAACCAACAGGCAUCCAUUGAUAUGAAGAAGUGGGUGGCAUCAACAUGUGCAUCUUUGCUAAUGGAGCUUAGAGCUGGCUUCACUGUGCUGAAGGUUUGCUCCUCAUUGCCAUGCUUGCAGCGGUAUCUUAAUCGCUGGCAAAUGGCGAAGGAAUCCGCCAUCGCACCACAAUUUAACUCUGAUGCCUCACUCCUCCAUUUUCUGGUGAAUGAAGUGCACGUCUGCCGAUUGGCGUUGUCGCUGCCGUGUUUGGAGCCGUUCACGGCCGACCGCAUUGCAACAAUCAGCGACGUCGCCACUGCGUGGCUGCUGUGUGCCACUGCUCAGGCCUCCCUAAACCCGAAAGAUGAGGAGAGUGAACAGCAGACCGCAACAUUAGUGGAAAGUGCACUCAGCUUAUACAACACUGUUGGGGAAACAUUCAAACAAUCCACACGAGCUGGUGGAUACGUUUAUCAAAAUCAUCUUAUGAUCGGCGCCUGGGUACUGCUGUGUGGUCUACAUCACUCGCUCGCCGGUGCACCGUACCCAUCGUCGGCACCGGGCAAGAGCCCUGCUAAAACUCCAUCAAGGCCUUACAAUCUGACUAAAAUGCAGCAAGGGCUGAGUGUGGUGUGGGUGGCGCUGGGCGGGCGCUGGCUGGCGUGGAGCGGCGCGCUGCUGAGCGACGCGCGGCUGGAGGCGCUGGGCUGCGGGCCGGCCGCGGCCGCCGAGCCGGCGCCGCUGCACGUGCUCGACCACCACACCGCGCACGAGCGCGAGCUGCGCCUCGCGCACACCGCGCCCCUGCAUCAGCUCUUGGUAGCACUUGGCGUAGUGUGUUAUCGUAAAGCAACGAAUUUGAAGCGCGCCGUUGUGCAGAAGCAGCACCAGGACGCUGAUCCCGACCGCUCCGAUUCCACUGUCUACUUCCAGGACAUGAUUCUAUGCUCCGAAGACUCUGAAACUGAUGAUGAAGACAGCGAACCGCUGUUCGGGCUGUGGUUCGAGUCGACGCUGGUGGCGCCCGAGGCGGCGGAGGCGGCGGCGCGCGCCGGCACCGACGCCAACGACAACAGCGACGCGCCCGCGCGCCCUCACGCCAUCGUGCCCGACAAGGCGGAGCCCUACUCGUACAUCGCGCUGGCGACGGAGGUGUUCACACUGCUGAGCGCGGAGCUGAUCAGCGAGGGCGCGGAGCGGCUGGGCCCGGGCGCGCUGCAGCUGCAAGACUCGCACCAGGCGCUGCUCGCCGCGCUCGCCAAGGAUCUCGACCGGGAGACCGCGCGCACUGACACGGGCACGAUCUCGUCGUGUUUCGGCGCGCGGCUGGGCGCGCUGUACGCGGCGUUCAGCUCUGCGCUGGUACGCUACCUGCACAACCUGAGCGGCGCGCCCGCCUUCGCCGCGCUGCAGCCCGCGCUGCACCACCAGCUGGCCGGCGCCGCCGCGCCCUCCCCCGCCUCCGCCCCCGCACUCGCCUCCGCACCCGCACCUGCGCCGGACCGCUCUAACAUCACCCCGCUGCAGGUUGGUCCGCGCGUUGUAAAACUCUUGGGCAGCAUGGUUUUGAACAAAGCAGCGGCUGAUCGUGAAAACAGCAUCCUUGUGAUGUGGCACAAGAUUGUUAAUACCCUGCAGGAAUGUGCACUACAGCCGCAGCCAUCACAGGACCAUGAUUAUGAAGAUUUGAAUGUUGAACAUGCUCAGUUGCUGGUUUACCUAUUCCAUUCGUUGACAUUAAUGCAGAAAAAGUCUGUCCUUCUUAUGACCUCUAAUGCAAUUAUAAAAGUUGUGGAGACCUUGGCAAUUAAUGACAGAAAGCGAGCUAUGACCUUGGCACCGCAUCAGCUUAUGCUGACUACACGACUGAUGCUCCUAUUAGAGUAUCUCAUGCGACAUCUUUAUGAUGCACCUCAGCCAUUACUACAACAGAUUGAGUGGAACCUUGUAAUAGCACCCGGCCUCGCCGAACCUUCAGGUGACUCCAUUUAUCUUGUUCAAGCAAACACAGACAAUGGGCAGCUCAAGUCACGUAUAUACUGCGAAGUUCCAUAUAUCGAACAGGCAUACAGACGCUUCUCACAAGAUGAGACUUCAAUGAGACCGAAAUUUUACGCUUUGACUGUCGCUGAGAUAAACAAUCAGGAGAAUCCAAAAUUCGACGGUCUAGCCUGCAACUUUGUGCUGGGAACGCCGCAUAAGCUCAAGUAUCCUCUACUUCUUGACGCAUUGCUGGCGUUGCUAAACUCUGCGUGCAUCUGUGACAACCCUCAAUACUACUCUUCGCCCUCCGCCGUCGCUGCGGCACACUAUUGCUUCCAAACUGCUUGGAGGCUGGUGAUCUGUAUGCCGCCGGCCACACCGCACAUGGAUAAGUUGCAGGCUGGCACGAAGGCGGAGCUGGCGUCCCCGCUGCCGCUGCACGCCAUCGUGUGGGCGCCGCGCGCUGACAAUAAGAAGGUCUUCAACCCCUGGCUCAAAGACGCGCUCGUCAAGCAGGGCAUGUACACGCAGUAUGCUGAAAAUCUACUUGCUGGUGUGAGUGCAUCCUGUGACAACAUCAAAUACACAGCUUGGCUUGCUUCAGAAACCAUCAAACAUUUAAAACAAAAUAUCACAUCGAGUGGACUUCCAUCUCUCCUAGACGUAAUCUCUUGCGAUUCUGCAUUAGUGAGGCUUAAAAUGUGUUUGGCUGAUUCUACGUCGGCUGCAGAAGCGCACCAGUUCAUGCCCAAUCUCUUGGAGCUUUUGGAAACUAUAUUUGACUGCUGUCGCGUGAGCGCGGGCGCGAAACUGGAGGGCGUGCUGGAGGCGGGUGGGUCGGUAGCGGAGCGCGCGGUGGGCGCGGCGCGGCUGGCAGUGAUCGGCGGGGGCGCGACCGGCGCGGCCGGCGCGGCGGCGGGCGCGCCGGCGCUCGGCGCCUGGCUGCGCGCGCCCCUGUCGCCCUCCGCCAUCGCCGUGCUCGAGCAGCUCGCCACGCCGCCGCACCGCGCCUGCAUCAACUUCCCAGCCUUUACAUCGCAUAUCAUCCCAUCUGAGAGCGUAGUGCUAAGUCUAGUGUCGUCGCACUGUGAGCUUAUAACCGUCGACAGCAAGUACUCGAUAGGACCUUCCCUGAUGAUGCUAGCAUACUCUGCCGCUAAGCUGCUCGAAAUCGGUGCACCAAAGUUGGCUGACAACAAUAAUCUUAUGAAAAAAGCAAUCUGCUUGAUUGUUCCUGCUUUGACUGAUGGACGUCUAGAAUUCUUAUCAAACCCGUUGAAUGCGACCUUGAACAUACUAGUUCCGCAGACGUUGACAGCGGAACAAUUAAUACACGAGCACAUUUUGAAGACCACGUACACUGUGCUUGUAGACCAUUUACAGCCAUCUACAGAGAAAACUUUACGUCAUAUGAUUAAGUACUGGGAAAAGAUUUUGGAUCGUUUGGCUGGGAGAAAAGCAUAUGAAGCAGUUUUCUGUGAGGACUCCGGUUAUUCUCUCGGUAAAAUACUUCUAUCGGCUCCUAAUGCUAGGAGCCCAUAUACAGAAAGAGUAGUAAGGUUUUUCAUUAAGAUAUUUACGUGCUGCGAAAAAUCUGAACUAAAUCUAUCUCUCUGUAUAUCUGUAUGCAAAUCUAUUGGAUUGGCUGACCAGCAAAAUUUGGCCAAUUUACUUUCCUACAUUUGUUCAACGGCACCUGGCAAUACCUGUGCGAACGGCGUCGCUGGCGCGGCGAUCGACACGCCUACGGAAGGGGAGCUGGCGACACCGACGUCGUGCGCGCCGGACGCGGCAGGUACCCCUGCCCCCGCGCCCGCCCCCGCGCCCGUCGCGGUCGGCUUCCGCAGCACGCCGCUCGCCGACUCCGACCCGCCCGUCUUCGAAAUGCCGUCCCCAGCACCAAGAACCCAAUCCGAUACUGCUCCACAAUCGGGCAACUCAGAAAGCUGCAGUUGGUCGGAUGGCAGCAAGGACAGUGUGGGUGUGGCUCUAGCGGAGCCCCCACCCCCACAACUCUCCGACUCAUAUAACGAAAAUGUGGUUCUGUUUUCUGCACUCUGUCGGCACAUCGUAAACCACUGCGAGGAGGAGGUGAGCUCGCGCAUGGUGUGCGCGCUGGUGGGCGUGUUCAGCGAGGGCUGCCCGCCCGUGCUGCUGCGCGAGCUGUGCCGCCUGGCCGACGCGCACUCCGGGGCCGACCACAAGCUGCUGUUCCCCGCCGCCGUCGGCUGGCUCGCUGCAUGUGUGGACAAUCUCAGCAGUCCCGAAACUCUGGAGAAGCUAGAAGAGGGCCAAGUUGAUGGUGCUCUCGCUCCGCAGAUUGAGUCGGCGUGCUUACUGUUGUCGUACUUAGCCGACGCUCUACACGCCAUAAACACUUCACCCCCUCAAGCAUGGCGAUCUCUGAGUCCUACAUGGGAAUCUCCAUCCGAUCUCGGUUUCGACCUUGACUACACAGAUGAACAACAAGAUGAUGACGAUACUAGCGCCGAUGAUUCCGAUGAGGAUGCGAUGCUGCAGUACAAGCUGUGCACGUUCACGGUGACGCAGCGCGAGUUCAUGAACCAGCACUGGUACCACUGCCACACGUGCAAGAUGGUUGACGGCGUGGGCGUGUGCACGGUGUGCGCACGUGUCUGCCACCGUGGACACGAUGUCUCAUACGCAAAGUUUGGCAAUUUCUUUUGCGAUUGCGGAGCGAAGCCUGAUUCGAGCUGCCAGGCGCUGGUGAAGCGGUCGGCGACGCUGGGCGCGGCGCGCGCGGGCGGCGAGGAGAGCGCGCCCGCGCCGUCGCUGCGCCGGCGCGCCUCCAGCCCCACGCCGCCCGCCUACCUCGCGCCGCCGCGCCGCCCCGCGCUCGCGCACAACAUACAAGGUUGCCGCGCGUACCUGUCGUCGUACGGCGCGUGGGGCCCGUGUGUGGGGCGCGUGCGGCGGCUGCUGAGCGCGCUGGCGGGCGCGGCGCGCGCGGCGUGCGAGCGCGGCGCGGCGGUGGGCGCGCACGCCCGCGCGCAACGCGCUCUCGCGCAGCUGCACCUCGGCGUCAAGCGCUUCCAGCACACCGACACGCUCAUGAUGCCCACGCUCGGCUCCCAAGAAGGCGCAUUUGAGAACGUUCGCAUGUCUUACACGGGCGAAAAUGGACAGACAAUCCGGCAGCUGAUAUCGGCACACAAACUGCGUCGCGUCGCCAUGUGCUGCCUCGCCUCGCCGCACGGCCGCCGUCAGCAUCUUGCAGUCUCACAUGAAAAAGGCAAAAUCACCGUUCUGCAACUGUCUGCGCUUCUGAAACAAGCAGACUCAUCAAAACAUAAACUAACAUUGACACGACUGUCUUCAGCGCCGAUACCUUUCACUGUGCUUAGUCUCAGCGGCAACGCCUGUAACGAGGACCUGCUCGCUGUAUGCGGCCUCAAAGAAUGCCACGUACUCACGUUUAACAGUGGAGGUGCGGUGGUUGAUCAUCUUGUACUAAACACCGGCCUCGAAGGAAAUAACUAUGUAAUCAAAGCGAUAUGGCUACCCGGCUCACAGACGCAGCUAGCUCUGGUUACAUCUGAAUUUGUCAAAAUUUUCGACCUCAGCAAGGACCUAAAUAAUCCGAUGCAUCACUUCCUUGUGCCUAGUGGAAAGGUCCGCGAUGUAACAUUUGUGAACCAAGAAGGCGUAAUGCAUAUGCUGUGUAUGAGCUCUGCCGGCCACAUCUACUGGCAGCCGAUGAGCGAAGAGUCCCGCGCUACACUUGGUACCUUCUAUGUCACCAACACACUAGAGGUGCUGCACCCAGAGAUACAGGAUGUGGCGGGCCUAGUCGGAGGCGGCGGUGUUUCGAUUUAUUAUUCUCAUACGCUCAAGAUGCUAUUCUUUUCCUACGCCCAAGGCAAGAGUUUCCUCGCCCCUCUCAACACUGUUGAAGAAAGUGUUAAACGCACGGCCAUGAUAACCUUGUCGUCAUCAGCGACACAGAAAGAAGGUAGUGGACGCAGUGGCAAACAGGGAAGUGUCCAGUCUCUGUGCCAAUGGGCCGAAGUACCUGGACACCCAGGUCUCGUCACCGCCGUGAUGCAGGCCUCCAACAAUCCCGUUAUACUUAUGCUUACGCCCACCACCAUUUACGUUCAGGAGAUUAAGGUGGUACCGGCGAAAGCGAAGAUCACGGACAUGGUGGCGGUGCGGCACUGGUGCAGCGUGUUCGGCGAGCAGAAGAGCACGCUGAUCCUGCUGUGCGAGGACGGCAGCCUGCGCAUGUACGCGGCGAGCGCGGAGAGCACGGGCUACUGGCUGUCGCCCGCCAUCCAGCCCACGCACGCGCCGCGCCGCCGCCCGCGCGCGCUCGCACACGCACACGCCAAGCCCAAACUGCAGCAGGCUACCACCAAAUCUAAUGCAAACGGUGCUCCUCAAUUCCCGAUUGAUUUCUUCGAGCACUGCGUCGCUAUGACUGACAUCGAAUUCGGCGGCAAUGAUUUGCUGCAAGUGUAUAAUACUGCACAAAUAAAGAAUCGCCUGAACACCACCAGUUUAUAUGUCGUAUCCACGAAAAUGAGCGGUUUCUCAAUGGAAGUGAUAAAUUCCGAUCCUAACAUGGUCAUUUGUGGAAUUAGGGUGUUACUCGGAAGCCAAGAUGUUGCUCGGACACCAUCCUAUGUAGAGAUCUAUGGGCGAUCGAUACCGACAGUAGUCGUACGCAGCCGCUGGUUCGAUAUACCAUUAACUCGCGAAGAGUCUUUACAAUCGGACAAAAAACUUGUGAUCAACUUUGGACCAUCGCAAGACCCUGACGGCGUAACAAUGGUUGAUUCUGUUAAGGUAUAUGGAAAGAACAAGGAGCAAUUUGGGUGGCCAGAAGAAAAUGAGGAUGCUUCAGCGUGUGCAUCCACAAGCAAGAUUGCCCAAGAGUCUGAAGGUUUCAGCGGACCUUGGAGACCAAGCUCUUUAGAACGCCUUGCUUGUGCGGCACUGGAAGCUUUAGAGCUGGCAGCGGGUGCGCCUGUGGUUGCAGCUGCCACGGCUGGCAAUGUUGCUACUGUCGCCUCGGGUGGUGCAACAACUGCCACUACUGCCACGACUGCUACGACUGCUAUGCCAAGUGCGGAAGCAGCGGCAGAAGCAGGUGGCGAGGCGGCUAGGAAACUACUGUGUGCACCUGCUUCUGCGCAGCUUCACGCGCGCGCCCAGUGCCUACUCCGCGCCAUUUAUCAGUCGAAUUACCACCAGUUUAAGGAUCAAGCGAUCCUGACGUACGUGUGCACGUCGCUGCGAGAGCUGCGCGACACGGCGGACGCGCGCAACAUCGACCCCGAGGCGUACUUCCGCCUCGUGCUGCUGGCGCGCGGGGUCGCCGUCGCGCGCCCACAACACCUCGUCAAGUUCACACCGCCUACGCCAACCAUACCCGACAACGGUGAUUGGUCGUCGCUGUGGAAGGGCGACUACGGCGAAGGCGAGGGCGAGGGCGAGGGCGAGGGCGAGUGCGAGGGCAAGGAGGGCGGAGAGGGCGGGGAGGCGGGCCCGCACCUGUGCGCGCUGCUGGCCAGCGUGCUGUGGCGCCUGGCGGGCGUGCGCGCGCCGGCCGUGGGCGGCGUGCUGGCGCACGGCCUGCGCCACGUCGAGCACACGCUGCACGCGCUCGCCGACACGCUGCACGCCUUCCAGAUGCACGCCGACACACACAUGGUUGACUUUGGAAAUCAAAUUUACUUAUCGCUUCUCUUGGCCGAAGAUCAAAGCAUAAGUUUCGGUGCUAAAGCAGCUCUGAUGAGAGUCUUACGGCCGCGCGUAAAAAGGCGACGUGUAUACAUACCUUCACCACCCAAUACACCAGGUGCGGGAUCGUCAGCAAUAACGGCUCCACCGGCAAGUUCAACCACUGAAGCUGUGGUCCUAGAAUCGGAAAUAAGUGCAAACCGAGAAGAAAAUCAAGAGAAUCAAUUCAUGGAUGUUGAUGAUGCUCUCGAACCGAUGGUUUUACUUGCGCCAGAUGGAGGUCUGGAGGCGCUGCUGGACAUCCCGGCGGACGCGGACGACGAGACCAUGGUGCAGCUGGCGAUCGCGCUGUCGCUGCAGGAGCAGCCGCGCCGCGCGCCCGCCGCGCCGUCCGCGCCGCCGCCGCCCGCGCCCGCGCACGCGCCCGCCGCCGCGCCUGCGCCCGCACCCGCGCCCGCGCCCGCCUUCAGUGACACGCCUACAGCCGCGCGCGAUUUUUGGUCGGAUGACGAGGGCAGCACGGCGGCGACGGACGGUAGCACGCUGCGCACGUCGCCCGCCGAGCCGCCCGGCUCCGCGGGCUCGGCCGCCUCCGACAGCGGCGGCUCGGCCGCCGACAGCAUCGGCGCCGUCUCUGGACGCUCCAGCGCAUACGCAGGACCAUCAACAUCCUCCACUCAGCCCGUGGCGUCAUCAUCUCGCACAAUCGAAGCAGAAAGCGAAACGCACAAGUUACAUGCCCUUCGACUUUCUCUGCUGUCUGCUGCAUUGGAUGCCUUGCCGACUCUUCGUAAUUUACCGGGAGUUCGUGCUAUACCUUUUGUUCAGGUGGUCUUAAUGCUGGCCGGAGACCUAGAUUCCAGCGUGGAAGGUGACCGCGCAGUGCUGGACCGGCUGCUGGAGCUGCUGGUGUCGGAGCUGGACAUCCCGCGGGAGGAGGGUGGCGAGCGGGAGCGCGGCGAGCUGCAACUGGCCAUUAUGCGGCUGGAGCUGCUGGUGUCGGAGUUGGAUACGCAGCCCGAGCAGACCGGCCCGCCCGUGCACGAGCGCACCAACAGGCGCGAGCUACAACUCGUCAUCAUGCGUCUGCUCAGUGUGUUAAUGGCUCGUUGGAAGACGUGCGGCGGCAGCGCGGGUGCGGGCGGCAGUGCUGGCGCGGGUGCGGGCGCGGGCGCGGGCGCGCGGGGCGAGGUGACGGGCGCCGCGUGCGCCGCGCACGUGUCGCGCCUGGCCGCCGCCGCGCUCGUGCGCGCCGGCGCGCCGCGCCACUGCUACAACGUGCUCGCCGCGCUGCUGCCCUACUGGAAGGAGAAGACGUCCAGUACUACUACUACUACCACUACGCCUGGACAACAACUUCUUAAGCCGCAGCCGCCACAACCGCUACCAGACAUGCAGCCAUUCUUUGUCAAAGAAUACGUGAAAAGUCAUGCUCUGGAUGUCUUCGAUAACUAUCCCCAACUGUUGAUGGAGAUGGCGCUGCGGCUCCCGUGUCAGAUACACAAACAUUGCGACCCGGCACACUUUGAUGCACGUUGGCGUACCCUCCUCUGCGAGUAUAUGAUGAACCCACAAACACCACUGAGAAAACAAGUGCGCAAAUUGCUUCUCUUGUUGUGCGGUACCCGCGAACGUUAUCGACAGCUGCGUGACGUGCACGCUCUAGACACGCAUUUGAACGCUGCACGCGAGCUGCUCGCCACACCCGAACCGGCCUAUGACAAGCUAGUGCAACUUAUGGAUCAUCUCAAGGCGUGCGCGGAGAUAGUGAACGCGCGCACGGGCAACUGGCAGCACACGUGCGCGACGGAGCGACGCUCGGCACUGUCGUGGCUGGUGUCGGUGGCGCGGCGCGUGCACCCGCACGUGGCGCCCACCGUGCUGCAGCUGCUGCAGGCAGCGCUCUGCGCGCCGCACCACCAGCGACACGACGCCAAGCCAUCUUCUGACUGGCCAGAACGUGAGCGCAGUGCAGACAGUGAUGCCUUUGUGUCCGACGGAUCUAAGUUCCAAGAACAAAAAGUACCAAUACUUGUGCAACAAAUUUUAAAACAGGUGUCUCAAGAUGAAUUAAAGAUGUUCGUAAAAGUAUUCCUUUUGGAAACAAAUUCUACGGCAGUCCGUUGGCAGGCUCAUGCGCUUCUUCUUGCCAUUUACAAUAACUCCCCGCAACCGGAGCAAGCGUCACUCGUUUCUUUGUUGUGGAGUAUUUGGCCCACGUUGCCUCAGUAUGGACGCAAAUCAGCCCAGUUUGUCGAUCUUCUGGGAUACUUUACGUUGAAGACUCCCAAUAUUGAAACUGAGAAGUAUCUGGGCAGCGCAGUGGAGCUGCUGCGGCGGCAGAACGAGUUGCUCUCGUCGCACGGCAACUCGGCGCUGUACGCGGCGCUCGGCGCCUACGUAGAGCUGGAUGGCUACUACCUGGAGUCCGAGCCCUGCCUCGUCUGCAACAACCCCGAGGUGCCCAUGGCCACCAUAAAGCUCCCCACCAUUAAGAUCGACUCGAAGUUCACGACGACGACGCAGAUCGUGAAGCUGGUGAACAGCCACAUGAUCAGCCGCAUCGCGCUGCGCAUCGGCGACAUCAAGCGCGGCAAGAUGGUGCGCACCAUCAACUUCUACUACAACAACCGCACCGUGCAGGCCGUGCAGGAGUUGAAGAACAAGCCCGGAAUGUGGCAUAAAGCAAAGCGCGUCCAACUGCAGUCUGGACAGUCCGAAGUGCGAGUUGACUUCCCGCUUCCAAUCGUUGCCUGCAAUCUAAUGAUGGAAUAUGCCGACUUUUAUGAGAACCAACAAGCUACCGGUGAAUCAUUACAAUGUCCACGGUGCUCACAAUCCGUACCGGCGAAUCCCGGCGUUUGUUCCAACUGUGGAGAGAACGUGUUCCAGUGUCACAAGUGUCGGGCUAUAAACUACGAUGAGAAGGACCCGUUCCUGUGUCACGCGUGCGGUUUCUGCAAGUAUGCGAAAUUCGACUACACGCUGACGGCGAGGCCGUGCUGUGCGGUGGACACCAUCGAGAACGACGAAGAGCGCAAGAAGAUGGUUCAGACGAUCGGUGCGCUGCUCGACAAGGCGGACCGUGUCUACCGCCAGCUCGUCGCCAACAAGCCCGUGCUCGAGUCGCUGGUGCACAAGAUCAGCGAGCACCGGCUGGAGACGCGCGCGGACGAGAACAGCAACGCGGCGGGCGCGGCCUUCAGCGGCGCGCAAAUCAACCGCGUCAUACAGACGCUCGCGCACAAGUACUGUGUCGACAGCAAGGGCUACUUCGAGGACCUCUCCAAGAUCAUACAGAAGGUGCUUGCGUGCAGAAAAGAAUUAGUGUCCUAUGACAAAUCGCAAAGUGAACAAUUGAAAGGUGAAACUCUGCCCGUGUAUGCUGGAUUGGUUCAGAAUUAUGAUGGAGAUAUUACUAAAGAGUCCGGCGGCGGGUGGCACGGGUGCUACGGGUGCUCGCUGGCGAGCGCGGAGCAGUGCCUGACGCUGCUGCGCGCGCUGGCCUCGCAGCCCGAGCACCGCGAGCGCCUGUGCCGCUUCGGCCUCGUGCACGAGCUCGUGCACCACAACCUGCACAGCGCCACGCCGCAGAGCCAAGAAGAAGUUCGUGCAUUGAUAUGCCUCGUAACGCGUGACAAUUUACCAGCGACAGAACAGCUGUGUAACUUGCUAUCUCAGCGAAUUACACUAUCUCUAAUGGGACAUGCAGCUUCUCAAGAUCAUAACAACUCCGUACGUCCUUUGGUACUGCUGUUGGGAUCUCUGGUCAAGAUUCAAGAUUCUGUCGAAUGCUGGGAAGCUAGACUUCGCUGUAUUGUAAAACUGUGGGUGUGGUGUAGUCCGCAAUUGACCGAAGUUGCUGGUAUCGCUCCAGCGGCCAGCACUUUACUUAAAACUGAAGCUCUGGCUGGCAUUCCUGGCAUUAAUACCUCUUCACCAAACUCUUAUCAGUUCGCAUUGCAACAAGUCGCUCUGCCCUGCCUCGGUUAUAUGCAACAGUUGAUGGCUCCCACAACUUCGGCCACAGCUGCUACAACAACAACAGAAGAACAGAAUAAAGAGGCCAAGCAGGAGAGCGCGGGUGAGGGAACCACGAGCGAGGCGAGUGCGGCGAGUGCGGCGAGCAACCGGUCCGGCAAGCUGGUGGUGGACCUGGCCAUGUGGCUGGCGGGCCGCGUGGCGCACCGCCAGUGGCGCCAGCUGUCGGCGCGCGCCGCGCCGUUGCCCGACGACGCCGCGCUGCCGCCGCGCGACGUGCGCCUCGCCCGCAAGUACCUCGCCAAGUGGCGCGACCGGGUACUAUUGUCACAUGGCAUGCGCCCCCUUGCUCUCGAAGACGGUGGCUGGCUCCGGCCGGUCAUGUUUGAUCCAAGCUCUCGCAUAGCCAGGGACACCGCUUGUCAAAUGGUCAAAUCACUUUGCGAUUCUUAUGAACGAACAAAAGCAGUGCUGAUUUUAUUGACAAGUUUCUUACCUGAAGUGGGCACAGCAGGCGAGGCUAGUGAACAAUUUUUACAGCUCUAUCAAAGUUUGGCAUCUGAAACACCGUGGAAGCAAUUUCUCGCACUCCGUGGCGUGUUACAACAGAUAGCCGAUUUAAUGACAAAGGAGAUUGAGCACUUGCACCGAUUGGAAGAGACCACUCUCACAUCAGAUCUUUCUCAAGGGUACGCGCUGAAGCGGCUGACGGAGCUGCUGGCCAUGUUCCUGGAGGAGGGCGGCGCGCGGCGCGUGUACAAGGGGCGGCUGGUGGGCGCCGUGCUGGGCGGCUACCUGUCGCUGCGCCGCCUCGUCGUGCAGCGCACGCGCCUCACCGACGACACGCAGGAGAAGCUGCUCGAGCUGCUCGAGGAGAUGACCACCGGAACCGAAACUGAAACUGCGGAGUUUAUGGCAGUUUGCAUAGAGACGGUACAAAAGUACCCAUUGCAUGACUAUCGAACGCCUGUGUUUAUAUUCGAGCGUUUGUGUUCUAUUAUCUAUCCAGAAGAAAACGAUGUUGGAGAGUUCUUCCUCACGCUUGAAAAAGAUCCGCAACAGGAAGACUUUUUGCAGGGUCGCAUGUUAGGUAACCCAUAUUCAUCUCUGGAACCCGGCAUGGGUCCACUGAUGAGAGACGUGAAGAACAAGAUCUGUACAGACUGCGAGUUGGUAGCGCUACUAGAAGACGAUAAUGGCAUGGAGCUGCUUGUUUGCAAUAAGAUUAUGUCGCUUGAUUUGCCGGUGAAGGAAGUCUACAAGAAGGUAUGGUGUACAUCGGGCGAGGGCGUAGAUGCUAUGCGUGUAGUGUAUCGUAUGCGCGGACUGCUCGGCGACGCUACGGAGGAGUUCGUGGAGACGCUGAGCCAGACCAAUGCCGAGGCCGUGGACGAUGAGCAGCUGUAUCGGAUGGCAAAUGUCCUGGCUGAUUGCGGCGGGCUGGAGGUGAUGUUGGCGCGGCUGGCGGCGAUCCGGCGCGUGGGCGGCGCGCGCGCGCUGUGCUCGACGUUGCUGCGGCUGCUGGCGCUGUGCGCGCGCGUGCGCCGCUGCGUGCGCGUGCUCACGCGCGCCCACACGCGCGCGCUGCCCGUGCUGCUGCGCGCGCUGCAGCUCGCCGCCGACGAGGAGCGCGACAUGCCGCGCGCCCACCUCGUCUACCAGCUGCUCGAGAUAAUGGAACGCAUUCUAUCGGUGGCAGCUAGCGAGAGUCUCGAGUCAUUUUUGCAGUUCUCGCUCACUUUUGGAGGUCCGGAAUAUGUACAGGCUCUGCUCAACUGCACAGAGUGUCCAGGUAUACGGAACAACUCUGUUGCACUUGGCCACUUGACCCGCGUAUUGGCGGCUUUGGUGUAUGGUAACGAUCUCAAAAUGGCGAUGCUGGUUGACCACUUUAAACCGGUACUAGAUUUCGACAAGUUGGACUCCGAACAAUGGACAGAAGAAGAGUUCCGUAUGGAACUAUUCUGCGUUCUCUGCGCUAAUAUCGAAAGAAAUUCAAUCGGCGGGACACUCAAAGAUUAUCUCAUAUCGUUAGGCGUGGUCCGCGAUGCAUUGGAAUAUAUAGUGAAACACGCGCCGUGUGUGAAACCAACGCUCGUGUGCACAGACUCUGAUGAGUUGAAAGAGUUUAUUAGCCGGCCUGCAUUGAAGUAUAUACUACGCUUCCUCACUGGACUCGCCACAGACCAUGAACCAACACAGAUGUUAGUGUGCGAGAAGGUGAUACCGAUCGUACACCGUUUAGAGCAAGUGUCAUCAGGCGAACAUGUGGGCUCUCUCGCUGAGAAUCUAUUAGAAGCGCUGCGCUCUCAACCGCAGUGCGCCGCAAAAGUGCAGCAAGUGCGCGACUUUACACGACAGGAGAAGAAGCGGCUGGCGAUGGCGGUGCGCGAGCGGCAGCUGGGCGCGCUGGGCAUGCGCAGCAACGAGCGCGGCCAGGUGACGGCGCAGUGCUCGCUCACGCAGCAGCUGGCCGACCUGGCCGAGGAGGCCGGCGCCGUCUGCUGCAUCUGCCGCGAGGGCUACAAGUACCAGCCCACCAAGGUGCUGGGCGUGUACACGUUCACGAAGCGGUGCCCGGUGGAGGAGUUCGAGGUGCGCGCGCGCAAGACGCUGGGCUACAGCACGGUGUCGCACUACAACAUCGUGCACGUCGAGUGCCAUAUGGCCGCCGUGCGCCUCGCCCGCGCCAGAGAUGAAUGGGAGAGCGCGGCCCUACAAAACGCAUCGACGCGGUGCAACGGCCUACUGCCUCUGUGGGGACCGCACGUACCGGAAUCUGCAUUUGCAAGUUGCCUUGCUAGACACACAACGUACUUACAGGAGUGCACGGGGCACCGUGACAUCGGGCACACGUGCACGAUCCACGACCUGAAGUUGCUCCUGCUGCGGUUCGCGCGCGGCCGCACGUUCCACGACGACACGGGCGGCGGCGGCCCGCUCUCCAACAUGCAGCUGGUGCCCGCGCUCGUGCACAUGGCGCUCUACGUUAUUAACACAACGCGCGUGGCGGGACGUGAGUUAACCGCGCUGGAGACUUCGCUAAACUGGGCGCCGGCUCGACUGCUCGAAUCUGCGCACGACGCUGACGGACCCUUGUACUUCGCCACGCUCACACUUCUUCUCUACCCACACGCCAAAUGGCGCGCGGUGCGCGUGAGCACGCUGCGGCGCGUGCUGGUGGCGGCGCAGGCGCGCGGCGCGGCGCCGGGCGGGCCGCCGCUGCGCGCGCUGCCGCCCGACCAGCGCUCGCCGCGCGCCUGGACCGACUACAAGCCCUACGCACUCUUCGUCGCGCUCCUCGACCUGCUCUACUCUGUCAUGUUCAAGAAUGUCGCUGCAACCACAGUCGAACAGUGGCCGAUCAAGUUGGCAGAGUACAUUCGCCAUAACGACGAAGCGAAUGCGAAAGCCGCUGAGCGCAUUGUCACCACACUUACGGAUGAAUUAUUGCCGUGUGCCUCGUUUGCGGAAUUCUGCGACGCGGCCGGCUUUCUCGAGGACAUCCCUGACCCUGACGCCUUCCUCCAGGCGCUCUUAGACGAACAACCUUGA